AACAGGCUGUGUGUUCUCUCUUGCUUUUGGACUCAAUCUUGCUCUUCUUGUGCAGUGGCGAUGCUUACGCUCAGACUCGCGUCUUUGGCCAAAAUUAUGGUCCAGGCGCUAAAAUUGCGGUAUCUCUGGCUGGGGCCUUUGAGAUUCUGAUCCUGACUCAGACCAGCCGAAACAAUCGCUUUCCACACUGAAAUAUUUGCCAUUUGGAGCCCAAAAUCAUCUUUGGUUACAAGAAUGUCGUUGCGGACAGACGGACGAGCAGUAGAUGAGUUACGGACGAUCAGUAUCGCUUAUGAAGGGCUGGACAGAGUAGAUGGCUCAGCCAGGUUCGGGUUUGGUGAGACCAAGUCGCUAACAUCCGUAUCCGGCCCUAUUGAAGUCAGACCAAACUUCGAACUGCCCUCACAAGCUACUCUCGACAUUCAUAUCCGCCCUCUUGCUUCCAUAUCGGGUACCGAUUCCAAAGCAAUCUCUGCCACACUGAAGUCAAUAUUGAUGCCGGCACUGUUUCUGACGCAUUAUCCACGGACAUUGGUGCAACUCGUAGGACAGGCGCUGUGUGGGACCGAGAGCGGCAGCGGCAUGGGAAGUGUUGGUAAAGGCUGGUACGCCAGCUUGGUCGCGAGUCUCAUAAAUGCAAGCAGCGCGGCGUUGAUCAACGCGGGCUCUGUUUCGAUGAAAGGGGUGGUUUGUGCAGUCUCGGUCGGGCGUUUGCCUUCUGCCUCUGGAACCACGCUAGUGCUCGAUCCGUCAGAAUCUGAACUAUCCCGCCUCUCCGGUGGGGGAUGUUUUGCAUUCUUGUUCUCUUCUGUGCUCCCUGUAGCAUCUAUAGACGAACUGCCGCCUUGCUCUCUCCUGUGGACCAACUACACCACACAUACGCCGUUCGAUGACUCUGAGCUAGCUCAUGCCAAGGAACUUGCGGAGAAGGGCGCGCGGAGAGUGUGGAUGUCAUUGAAGGAAAGCGUCGGCCGGAUGGAAGCAUCAGCAACAAGCGUGGAAGACGUGAAACUAAAAUCCGGAUCCAGCAAGAUGGAUACAAACGCGGGAAUGCCGGCUGGUGAAGAAAACGAAAGUGACGUGGACGAUGAAAAGAUGGAAAUCUGAGGCACUUUCUUCGACUCUUAUGGUCAUUUGAUCGCAUAUCAUGUACUCUCGUUUUCAAUAUCUUCUCGCAAUUAUUGCGGGUUGUCGGGCCCAUUUGGUGUACUUUGGCAUCACCUUUUCAGUCCGUCACCUCCAUGUCCUUGCCCAAGCGGUUCCGAACUCAGGAUUGUCGCCGUCAAUACUAUGGCAAGAUAUGUCCCGGAAAGGUGGCUCGGACAGGAGACACAAGGAAUGUGCUGAUGAAACUUUUGCACGUACUAUGUAGUUGCCGGUUACGUCAGUGUGUCGGAUUUAUUGAGUACCUCGAUGCAGUUUCAGAUGAAAAAAGUCGC